GUGGACAGGUCCCCUACCGAUGCGCAAAACUUAUGACGUCAGACCACUGACCCGGAGGGGGAGCCCAGCGCAUGCGCAAUAUUGUAAUCGGAGAGUGGACUGGUUGACGGACGGAUGCCGGGAGGGCCGGAGCCGCGGGGCCGCCCGAAACAGGGACCAGGCGCCGAGGGAGCGGCGGGGGAUGAAGAGUCAGUGGCAGGGGGCUCCUCUCGCAGGAGGAAAGCGGAGUGUCCCCGUAGAAGGCGGUGCCGCCGGGAAUUGCCUGAGGAGGAGGAGCAGCAGCAAAUCCAGGAAGGCAGAGACAGUUACAUGGAGGAAAACAUGGUGUCUGAAAAAGGUAACUGCUUCAAAAACGUUUCCCUUACAGCUCUAAAGCGAGAAGUAGAAGAAGAAGAAGUAGUUGUACAGGAGUUAGAGCCAACAAUUUUGGUUACGGAUCCACCACUGGAAGAAGAAAGCCACUCAAUAGUAAGGGGAGGGGUUCUUCGUAGUUCACGUGCACGACAGACUCCAACGCUGCAACUUAUCUGCAAGACAGAACCAGAGCCGCAUCAUCUGGUGUAUGAAAUCAAUGAAGGGCCUUCUUUCACUGCUACAAUUAGUGAGGAGGAGGACGUAAUGAUAAGUGAGGAAGAAGUUCCAUUCAAAGAUGAUCCCAGAGAUGAAACUUACAGACCUCAAAUUGAAAGUGAGGAUGAUGAAGACGAGUUGAUAAGUGAGGAAGAAUUACCAUAUAAAGAUGACCCUCUGGAUGAAACCUACAGACCCCAACUUGACAGAGAGACUCCACGAUCAAGACGAAGAACUUCCCGUGCUAAAGAGGAGGGACUCCCUGUGGAGGUUAAGAUGGAAGUAAAGGAAGAAAGUCAGGUACAGGAAGAGGAGACACCUAGAAAGGGUCGCAGGCGUAAGGAUGAUAAAAGCCCAAGACUCCCGAAACGAAGGAAGAAGCCUCCUAUACAAUAUGUGCGCUGCGAGAUGGAGGGAUGUGGUACUGUCCUAGCUCACCCGAGAUAUUUGCAGCAUCACAUUAAAUAUCAGCACCUUUUAAAGAAGAAGUAUGUAUGCCCACAUCCAUCAUGUGGGAGACUCUUCCGUCUACAAAAACAGCUUCUGCGCCAUGCAAAACACCAUACAGAUCAGCGGGAUUAUAUCUGUGAAUACUGUGCUCGGGCGUUUAAAAGCUCCCAUAACUUGGCAGUACACCGCAUGAUUCAUACAGGAGAGAAGCCCUUACAAUGUGAGUUCUGUGGUUUUACCUGCCGACAGAAGGCCUCAUUAAACUGGCACAUGAAGAAACAUGAUGCUGACUCUUUCUACCAGUUCUCCUGCAACAUAUGUGGAAAGAAAUUUGAGAAGAAGGACAGCGUUGUAGCCCACAAGGCAAAGAGCCACCCAGAGGUUCUUAUAGCUGAGGCCCUGGCAGCUAAUGCUGGUGCCCUUAUUACCUCCCCUGAACUGCUGGUGCCCGAGAGCCUAGCCCCAGCAGUACCUGUGGUCUCAGAGGAAACUACAUCUCCCCAAACCUUGUAUCCCAAUUCAAGUUCUAACAUUUUAGUGGCUUGUCCCAUCCAACCAGUGCUUCCACUGGUUGCUACCACUGAGGUUCUUAUUGAGGAUUCGGACUCUGCUGGACCAUAGAGAGGGAAGACAAUCUCUUCUGCACAGUACCAUGACUGUUUCCUCUCCUUCACCCCAGCGGGCUGGCUAUUUCAACCCUUUAAUACAGGGCUCUUUGCUUUCUUUAUGACCAUUUCUGUAUUCAGAUUCUGCCCCAUGUUUUCUCAUCAUCUUUUACUCUCUCAGCUACACUUUUAUGCUAUUUGAUUGUCCAUUCUUCUCUCAUCAUAUUUCCAGUCUGCUUUGUCCCACUCAUCUGCUCUAUUUUUGUUCUCUUUUUAACUGUUUUGUAUGUUUCUGCCCUUUGACUAUUUUCUGUACUCCAGCUCUUCUUCCAUUUCUCAUGGGUGCUGUGCUCUGCACUCUUUGUACAUAAUAUGUUUAAUGAAUAAAACAGAGCUGUUAUGUCUCA